CACUACCAGGUACAGAAUCCAGCUCCCUGUUUGUGCUUGUUAAACUGUGUUUCCUUGGCUGUCACUAGACCCUGCCCUCCCUGUUUAUCACUCCAUUGACGUGUUGUUAGCAAAUGGGAGCAGAAGGGUUGAUCUCUCGCAGAAGAGGUCAUUCUGGCUGGGCUGCCACUUGUUGCCAAAACCUUCGGGGCUUUAGUUUAGGACACAGCGAAUAUCUUUUAAAAAUAUCAUUUCCUCGUUCUCAAUGUUCAGAAAUAAAGCAAACUUUUUUUCGAUUGUUAUUGUAAAGGAAUUUGUUUUUGUUUUUUAAACAUUUCAAUAUUGCGUUACAAUCAACGGGAGAAGCAGCAUGGUCGAUAACACUACUGUAGCAACAAAAUCUGCUCUGCAAGCGGCUUUCUCUUCUGUAAACGCCCAGCCUCUCCACGUCUCUACUGCGCACAGUCACUUCCCCGGCUCCCAGUCUCACCAAACCAGCGGCGGGAUGAAGCUGGAGGCUGUAAUGGAAAACCUCCAGCGGCAGCAGGCAGCUCGCCUGGCUCUCGAGGAGAAGCUCCGGCAGACGGAGAAGGAGAAGGAGAUCCGAUCUAUGGUGGAGACACAGAUAAAGCAGCAAGCCCUAGCUUUCCGGCACUACCAGGCAGCUGUGCGCGGCUCAUUUGCAGCUGCAGUAUCGCCGGAUGCAGACCCAAGGGCUAGCGCGGCGGUUCGGCAGCAAGCACUUCACAUUGCGCACGGGCUUCCGGACCCAGAGGACGCAGAUCUGGACGAUGAUCUUGAAGGGGAACACGGUAUGGAAGACGAAGAGCGCGAUCUGGAAGAUCAGGAUUUGGGCGAUGAGGGGUCUGAGGAUGAAGCCAUGGAAGCAGAUCUACCGCACUUUCAGCCCCGUCGUCCAGUUCAAGCGGCGGCCGGACUGUCUCCAAAGGGGACCCCUGUGCAUGUACUCUCCACGGUGGGGCAGCCUCAGUACGCUACUCCCGGACAAUCAGAUUCUCCCACGGGGCUGGAACAGCAAGGGCAGUCCCAGCACCACGAAUGGACUUACGAGGAGCAAUUCAAACAGUUGUAUGAGCUGGACGAUGAUCCAAAGAGAAAGGAAUUCCUGGACGAUCUCUUCAGCUUCAUGCAGAAGAGAGGGACUCCAGUUAAUCGGAUUCCUAUCAUGGCCAAGCAGGUGUUAGAUCUCUAUACUCUGUACAAGCUUGUCACAGAGAAAGGCGGCUUAGUGGAAGUCAUCAAUAAGAAGAUAUGGCGCGAGAUCACCAAAGGGCUACACCUCCCUACCUCCAUCACCAGUGCAGCUUUCACACUGAGAACACAAUACAUGAAGUACCUCUAUCCCUACGAAUGUGAGAAGCGGGGGCUCAGCUCCCCAGGCGAGCUCCAGGCAGCUAUCGACAGUAACCGAAGGGAAGGCCGUCGGCAGAGCUACGGGUCGGCCCUGUUCAACUACUCCCCCGUGGGAACCCCCAGCAUCCUCUCUUCCACAAAGAUUCAAAUGCCUGCCAUCACCAUGGCAACUCACAAUGGCAGCCACAUGAGCCACAUGAGUCACAUGUCCACCAUUAAAAAAGAAGAGACCAUACUCUCCAGUGGCAUGCCCAGCAGGAUUGCCAUCCCUGUCUCCCUGGCUGGACACCACAUCGCCGCAGCCCAGGCAGCAGCUCAGGCGUCCGCUCAGGCACAGGCAGCGGCUCUGGAGCAGCUGAGAGAGAAGCUGGAGUCCGGAGAGCCCCCAGAGAAGAAGGUGAUGCUCAUGGCUGAAGAACAGCAGCGGUUCAUGCAGCACGCUCUGCAGCAGAACCUGCUCGCCAUGGCCUCCCAGCUCCCCAUGAACAUCACAAUCAACAACAGAGAUGAUAGACAAGAGACUGCAUUGAACCUGUCUACCAACGGCAUUAGCAGCAUCAACAUGUCAAUAGAAAUAAAUGGAGUUGUCUACACAGGGGUCCUCUUCGCUCGAAAGCCAGUCAUUCCAGUAGUGCCAGGCAGCAACGGAAGUAGCUUCAGCAGCUCUCAGAGAACGUCCUGUCCGGGGCUGGCAGCUCCAACCCAGCCGGUCUCUUCCUCUUCCUCCUCCUCCUCCUCCUCCUCCUCCUCCUCUUCAGCCUUUGCACAGACUUCAAGCAGCAACUCGCCCUGAGCUCCCUCCAGCCACCCGGACAUUUAUAGUAACCAACCAUCCAACAGUCAACCGGGCCCAACCACAACAACAGCAAGCAACAAACAAGAAAACAACAAAGACUUCUGUGCUUCAAAGGUGGCUUCCCAGCGAGACACAGAAUACAGCAGGAAACAAAACUGUUGCAUGUAAAAACACCUCAACACUGUCUCAUAAACCCCCAAAUAAAAAAAAAAAUAAUAAUAUAUAUGAUCAUUUCUCAUCAGCUUCAUCAGCUUCAUGGGAACCACGUCACACGUUUGUUUUGAAGCUUGCAAGGAAUCAUGGGAAACCAAAAGGCUGUCGGAUGCGCAGAACCUGACUGACUACUUUCCCGCUCUUUGUGUGUGCAUGUGACGAGACAGUGGGGUUCUGUGCGCAGUCCCGUAACUGCUGUGGCUGCCCAAGGCUUUUUAUUUUUUUUAAUUUUUUCUCAAAAGACUGUAUUGUCACAGGCACUGGAAGAGGACAUUUGCCGGAUGAGAUACAGUAACAUUUUUUUUUACAUUGUGUGUUGAUUAAAAAAAAAGGUUGCUGUAAACAGCUACUACCAAAGAAAAAUAAAUCACUUAUUUCAGGUCAUAUGAAAUGGCUGAAUUUACAGCAGGAAAAGGUCUCUAGAAUAUGAAGAGGCAUUAAUACAAAGGGACAUUCACAACCAGCAGGGGCUGGUUUUGUAGGAAUGAUAGGCUUGUCCAAAGUGAAUGUUGAAGGAACAGCUGCACAGGGGUCUAUCAUCAGCCUGCCCCAUGUGUAGAGAUUCGAAACUAACUGCAGUGAGUACUGGGGUCUGCUUAUUAAUCAUUUUACAUGGCUUUCUUUUCAAUAGAAUCAAAUGAGCAUUUUCAUUGUUGACUAAUGCACUUGUACAAGACCCAGAAGUUGACAAAAAAAAAAAAAUUGUGGGGGGGGGUGGGGGUGGUGUGACAGUUGAAGAUGUUUGUGCGUGUCUGUGUGUUGUGUCUGUGUGUCUGUCUGUAUCUGUGUGUAUGUGUGUGUGUCUGUGUCUGUGUUUGUCUGUGUUUGUCUGUGUGUCUGUCUGUGUGUGUGUGUGUGUGCUUGAUUUUAUAUUCAUUCUGUUAAGCUUGUCCUUGCUGUUUUUGGUUUUUUUUUUCCUGAGGUUGCUUGUUGACAUUCGCUUGAACAGCAACACCAGUUACCUGUGCAGCCUGAUACCUCACAGUUCUACUUGUAUAUACAUAAUGAAGACAAAGAAUUGAAAUACAACAUAUACCUCAUACAAUUCAUUUCUAUUCUUUUUUUAUUGGAAAGCCACUUGAAAUUAGUUUUGUUUCCACAGAUCACUGGAUUUUCCUUAAUUAUUAUUAUGUAUUGUUAUACCAAAGAAGGGAAUAUUCUAUGCUAGGACAUCUACCUCAUUUUUUAUAGACUGUACCAAUAAGCAUGACCUCUAGCCUACUGUAGUGGGCUUGAUAGAAAGAAUUCUACUGUAUAUGUAUGUAUAUGUAUAUAUAUAUAUAUAUAUACAGUAGUGUGCACAUUUAUUACAACACCCCAUUGCAUCUGUUAUUUGGAUUUGUUGUGCAUAUGAAAUCAAACCACUGGAACUGAAAAUCUGGGAAAAUUGUCAAACAGGCAAAUGCGUGAUUGUCUAAUUUAAUUGAUUACUUUAAUAGGACACACAUGCAGUUAAUUUAAAAUAGUAAGAGAAAAGGAACACAAAUGGUACUUUUUAGCAGUUGUUUAAGAUGCCUAACUAAAGCACGCAGUAGUCUAACAUUUUCACACAUGAGUGCCUAUUGUUUCUAUAUCACUGAUUAGUGACUGAAAAAUAGUAAUUCUCACACCCAGAGGUUUUCAUGAAGGUAGGUAGGUAUAUAAAGGAUAUAAAUGACAAAUCUUGAGGUGUUGUAAUAAAUGUGCUUUUCAUAGUUAAACACAGCUCUCCUGACAUAUCUUUGGUUUUCUAUUAUGAAUCCUCAGAAUAACUGUGCAGACCUUUUAAUAAAACAGUACAUGUACAUCAAAUAAUUUGAAAUAAUACAAGUUUCAAAGUUUUAGACAUUUGAGACUAAUAACCUUCCUUCCCUAUUCUGAGGUUUUAUUGGGUAUACAGUCAACUCUCAGUAAUACAAAUUUCAAAAGACUGGCAAAAAAAUGUAGUCUUAUCAGUAAUUAUCAGUUUUUUAUUGAAGUCACAGUAUCACUGAAAUCCAAAUUAAAUUACAUUACAAUGAAAAAUAUUAUACAUUUUAUUGAAAAUACAGUAUGUAUACAUUGCAACUUGAAAUCUGCAUUCAUGCGCAAGCCCUAUAGCAAGUCGAAAUGCAUCAUGGGAUCAGUACUCCCAAAACAGCACUAAAAUACAGAACAGAGGCGCUAAUCUGGAUCCAAGUUAAUACACUUCCCCAUAUCCUUUACACUCAGCUGUUUGAACGAGGGAGAUUCGUUUUAUUCGUUUUAUGUUCUUUCCUCGAGGGGCUCCAAAAUGAUUUGUACAAAAUUCGUAUUAUAGUAGUUGCAUUUAAACUGCCAUUUCUGAUCCGGUUCAAAUGCAUCGGAUCAAAUGUACCUCUGGGGAGAUGGUACAGAUCAGGAUCAGAUGCAUCGGUAGCAUUUGAUCCUGCCAGUGUAAACUCUCGACCGGCUCAAGUUCUGCAUGCACUGUGGUGAGGUGACGUCCUUUGUUUUGAAGGCGGGCGCCAGACUGAAACAUUCCCUCCAGUGUAUAUGCAUACAUACGAAUCUAGCAAUGUAUUUAUUUCACUUAAAUAGUACUUCAAAGUAAAUCAAUGAUCCAUUACCCUAACAGUUAUAUAAAGCUGGUACCGGCACUCUUUCCAUUCUGGGAUCGUAUUAUAAAAAUAAUAAGCGUUGUUAUUAUUGUUUGUGUUAUAAAAUAAUAUUACUUACUACAAACAUUAUUACUAACAAAAGAUAUUACAAGAAAAAAAAAAAAAAAGUACUGGGUUGCAUUUCAAUUUAAUCUGACCAUAGCUUCUCACUGUCAAAAGUCUUUCUUUCACAGCACAAAAGUUUUUACUGGAGUAAUUUUUUUUUUUGCGUCUUUUUAAAACAUGUACUUUGAUGUGUUUCAUUUUUCCUGGACCUUCGUGUUUUUUUUUAUUAUCCCGCCAACACAAUUGCAACAGUUUGAAUAACUACCUACAGAACUUUGCCCCCCCCCAUAUAUUUGUUCCCCCAAUGAACAUAUCACAGGUAAAAUAACUCUUAAAAUCUUUCGGUCUGUGCGCAUGCGAAGCCUUCAGGCUGCUUGAUAGCUGAUCCUGCUCAAAUGGCUGUGUAAACAGAACACCACUGAUCAUGAUCAAAUGCACCGAUACAACUGAUCCAGAUCAGAAAUGGCACUGUAAAUGCGCCUAGUGAAAUCAUAUUAUAAGAAGUAACGAGUCUGAGUUUGUCUUGAUGAGAACUGACUGUAUCUCUCUCUCUCUCUCUCUCUCUCUCUCUCCUCUCUCUCUCUCUCUCUCUCUCUCUCUCUCUCUCUCUCUCUCUCUCUCCUCUAUCUCUCUAUAUAUAGAUAGAUAGAUAGAUAUAGCUAUAUAUAUAUAUAGAAUGCUUUUAAAAGGACAGCAAGCUGUUCACGUUUCUGAUUCGUUGUUUUGUAACGGUGUGGUGUUUUUGGUAUGGGUAGUGCAAAAUAGACAAUAUCUUAUGUACACAAUAUCAUGUUUCAAAUGUUCACCGAAGCUGACUAGGAAUGAUCUAAGAAGUGACUAAGUUGCCAGUAAUACAGUUGCUAGUGCUGAUAAUAGGUAAUACCAUGGAUUGUAAAUCCUUGCUUAUGUGUCAGUGAUAGCUUAUAGGUUGUUGGUGUUUGUGAAUGUGUAAAAACUCAAUUGGGACCUAUGAUUAACUUGUAUAUAAGGCCCAUCCAAAAUGCAGAAAGUAACCCCAGAUCCUCCUUUCACUGAUGAAGCACUUGCAUUCUUGGACCAUUCCUAAGAUGAAAUUGAAAGCAAAUUCAUGGAUGUACUGUAUAAGGUGUAAGCUUUACGGUGGCCUUUGGAAUCAAAUCAAACCAAAAAAAAAACAAAUGAAAAAGAAAAGACAUGGCCGAGACUGUGAAUUCAGGAGCUGUAUUUAAGGAAGCAGCAGAAGAUUUGCCACUGAACAUUAGUGAUACAAGACAGUUGUUAAUACUUCAGUGCUGGCACAGUCUAUAGAGUCACGUCAUUGGUGUCUCGUGGGGGACACGCUGCCAAUCACCGGAGAUCUUGUUGCCGACUGUGAACCAGGAAAUAAGGUUUAUCUCUUAUUCCUUGAACCAAAGAUCAAAAGCAACGUUAUUUCACUUUGUAAAAAAAGAAAAAAAAAAACAACUAUAGCACAUAGUUUAAAUGACGUGUACUUAUUGUUGCUUUUGGAAUUGUUUGCAAUGCUAUGCUGGUAGAUGUUAGACCCUAUAAUGGCUUUACUCGCUAUGUAUGACGCUUUUCUUGUUUUGUUUUUUCCUUGUUCAUUUUGGAUUAAUCCAGUGCAUUAUGGGAAUACUGGAUUGUGGUGCUCAGGGGUUUCACACAUACAGAAGAUAAACAGCUGAAAGAGAAUUUCUGCUGCUUUGCCAUUUGACUUGUAGCACAUUUAGAAAUAAAAUGCUGCUUUAAACGGAA